GCAGGAUAAGUCCUCCCAUCCCUGUCCUCUGCCACCCUCCCACCCAAGCCACCUCAUUUCCUCUUCCUCCCCAGCACCAACACACACAGGUUGAGCACUCAGACCCACAGCAACUGACCCAAGGCCAGGCUCAUCCUGGUUGGCCUGGGGCAGCCUCUGGAUUAUGGUCUGGCAGGGGCCCCCUUUCCUGCUCCUCAUCCUCUUCCUUGCUUCUCAAGUAGGGGCGGCUGUGGACCUGACGCUGCUGGCCAACCUGUGCUUCACGGACCCCCAGCGCUUCUUCCUGACCUGCGUGUUCGGGGAGGCCGGGGCGCGGAGGGGCGCCGAUGCCUGGGGCCCGCCGUUGCUGCUGGAGAAGGACGACCGCAUAGUACGUACCCUGCCGCCGGGGCAGCCCCUGCGCCUGGCGCGCAACGGCUCGCACCAGGUUACGCUGCGCGGCUUCUCCAAGCCCUCGGACCUGGUAGGCGUCUUCUCCUGUGUGGGCGGUGCCGGGGCUCAACGCGCGCGAGUCAUCUACGUGCACAACAGCCCCGGAGCCCACCUGCUCCCAGACAGGGUCACUCACACUGUAAACAAAGGCGACACAGCUGUGCUUUCCGCACGUGUGCACAAGGAGAAGCAGACAGAUGUGAUCUGGAAGAGCAACGGAUCCUACUUCUACACUCUGGACUGGCAUGAGGCCCAGGAUGGACGGUUCCUACUGCAGCUCCCAAAUGUGCAGCCAUCAUCGAGUGGUAUUUAUAGUGCCACCUACCUGGAAGCCAGCCCCCUGGGCAGUGCAUUCUUUCGGCUCAUCGUCCGGGGUUGUGGGGCUGGGCGCUGGGGACCAGGCUGUGCUAAGGAAUGCCCAGGCUGCCUGCAUGGAGGUGUCUGCCAUGACCACGAUGGGGAGUGUGUGUGUCCUCCCGGAUUCACUGGUACCCACUGUGAGCAGGCCUGCAGAGAGGGCCGUUUUGGGCAGAGCUGUCAGGACCAGUGCCCAGGUACAUCAGGCUGCCGUGGCCUCACAUUCUGCCUCCCUGACCCCUAUGGCUGUUCCUGUGGGUCUGGCUGGAGAGGAAGCCAAUGCCAGGAAGCCUGUGCCCCUGGUCAUUUUGGAGCUGAUUGCCGCCUCCAGUGCCAGUGUCAGAAUGGCGGCACUUGUGACCGGUUCAGCGGCUGUGUCUGCCCUUCUGGGUGGCAUGGAGUACACUGUGAGAAGUCAGACCGGAUCCCCCAGAUCCUCAACAUGGCCUCAGAACUGGAUUUCAACUUAGAAACUAUGCCCCGUAUCAACUGUGCAGCUGCUGGGAACCCCUUCCCAGUACGGGGCAGCAUGGAGUUGCGCAAGCCAGAUGGCACCGUGCUCCUGUCCACCAAGGCCAUCGUGGAGCCAGAUAGGACCACCGCUGAGUUUGAGGUGCCCCGGUUGGCUCUUGGGGACAGUGGAUUCUGGGAGUGCCGUGUGUCCACAUCUGGUGGCCAAGAUAGCCGGCGUUUCAAGGUCAAUGUCAAAGUGCCCCCAGUGCCCCUGGCUGCACCUCAGCUCCUGGCCAAGCAGAGCCGCCAGCUUGUGGUCUCCCCGCUGGUCUCGUUCUCUGGGGAUGGACCCAUCUCCUCUGUCCGUCUGCAUUACCGGCCCCAGGACAGCACCAUGGCUUGGUCAGCUAUUGUGGUGGACCCCAGUGAAAACGUGACAUUAAUGAACCUGAGGCCAAGAACAGGAUACAGUGUCCGUGUGCAGCUGAGCCGCCCAGGGGAAGGGGGAGAGGGGGCCUGGGGGCCUCCCACCCUCAUGACCACAGACUGUCCUGAGCCCUCUUUGCAGCCAUGGCUGGAGGGCUGGCAUGUGGAGGGCCCUGAUCAGCUGCGAGUGAGCUGGUCCUUGCCCUCCGUGCCUGGGCCACUGGUGGGCGAUGGUUUCCUGCUGCGCCUAUGGGACAGGGCACGGGGACAGGAGCGGCGGGAGAAUGUCUCAUCCACCCAGGCCCGCACUGCCCUCCUGGCUGGACUCAUGCCUGGCACCCACUACCAGCUGGAUGUGCGGCUCUACCACUGCACUCUCCUGGGGCCCGCCUCACCCCCCGCACAUGUGCAUCUGCCCCCCAGCGGGCCUCCAGCCCCCCGACACCUCCAGGCCCAGGCCCUCUCAGAUACUGAGAUCCAGCUGACGUGGCAGCGCCCAGAGGCUCUGGCUGGGCGUAUAUCCAAGUACGUUGUAGAGGUGCAGGUGGCUGGGGGCACAGGAGACCCCCUGUGGAUGGAUGUUGACAGGCCUGAGGAGACAGGCACCAUUGUCCGCGGCCUCAAUGCCAGCACACGCUACCUCUUUCGCGUGCGUGCCAGUGUUCAGGGUCUCGGUGACUGGAGCAACAUGGUGGAAGAGGCCACCCUGGGCAACGGGCUGCAGGGUGAAGGCCCAGUCCAAGAGAGCCGGGCAUCAGAGGAGGGCCUGGAUCAGCAGCUGAUCCUAGCUGUGGUGGGAUCCGUGUCUGCCACCUGCCUCACCAUCCUGGCUGCACUCCUCACCCUGGCGUGCAUCCGCAGAAGUUGCCUGCACCGGAGACGCACCUUCACCUACCAGUCAGGAUCGGGCGAGGAGACUAUCCUGCAGUUCAGCUCAGGGACCUUGACACUGACCCGGCGACCCAAACCACAGCCAGAGCCCCUGAACUAUCCAGUGCUGGAAUGGGAGGACAUCACCUUUGAGGACCUCAUCGGGGAGGGGAACUUUGGCCAGGUCAUCCGGGCCAUGAUAAAGAAGGAUGGGCUCAAGAUGAACGCAGCCAUCAAGAUGCUGAAAGAGUAUGCCUCUGAAAAUGACCAUCGUGACUUUGCGGGAGAACUGGAAGUUCUGUGCAAAUUGGGGCAUCAUCCCAAUAUCAUCAACCUCUUGGGGGCCUGUGAGAAUCGAGGUUACUUGUACAUUGCUAUUGAGUAUGCCCCCUAUGGGAACCUGCUGGAUUUCCUGCGUAAGAGUCGGGUUCUGGAGACUGACCCAGCUUUUGCUCGAGAGCACGGCACAGCCUCCACCCUCAGCUCCCGGCAGCUGCUUCGUUUUGCCAGUGAUGCUGCCAAUGGCAUGCAGUACCUGAGUGAGAAGCAGUUCAUCCACAGGGACCUAGCUGCCCGAAAUGUGCUGGUCGGAGAGAACCUGGCCUCCAAGAUUGCAGACUUUGGCCUUUCUCGGGGGGAAGAGGUUUAUGUGAAGAAGACAAUGGGGCGUCUCCCCGUGCGCUGGAUGGCCAUUGAGUCUCUGAACUACAGCGUCUAUACCACCAAGAGUGAUGUCUGGUCAUUUGGGGUCCUUCUCUGGGAGAUAGUGAGCCUUGGAGGCACACCCUACUGUGGUAUGACCUGCGCUGAGCUCUAUGAAAAACUGCCUCAGGGCUACCGCAUGGAGCAGCCCCGAAACUGUGAUGAUGAAGUGUAUGAGCUGAUGCGUCAGUGCUGGCGGGACCGUCCCUAUGAGCGACCCCCCUUUGCCCAGAUCGCACUGCAGUUAGGCCGAAUGCUAGAAGCCAGGAAGGCCUAUGUGAACAUGUCGCUGUUUGAGAACUUCACUUAUGCUGGCAUUGAUGCCACAGCAGAAGAGGCCUGAGCCACCUUCCACCCAGAACCUGUCUCUGCUGGCCAGAGCACUCUGCUAUCCACCCUACAAACUCUAACCCUUACAGCCCCUGACCUAAGCUGCCUCACAGACUUUUUUUCAACUUAAGGGAGAUAAGAGGGGAUCCAGGGAUAGGGUGGGUUUCAGGAAAUUGGUUCCCAUGCUUUGCAGUUGCUCCCCUGCCCCUCUGCAGAGGCCCUUGUAGCUAUCCCAGCCACACUUCCUUGUAGUUCAGCCACUCUACAGAUGUGUUCCCCAUCCCACUGCUCCCCACACACAAGCCCCUGCUCCUGCCCCUCCAUCCAAGCCAGCACACACCACUAGCAUGCCCUGCCCAGCUACUCCCCACUCCCUGCCUUGCAUUCAGAAAAAAAUAAAUGCUCUGAAAAGCUCCAU